GGCAAAAUGAUGCAUGACGCCCUGCGCAAGAGUGAAACGAAACUGGGAAGUCUGUGGCUUGUGAACAUGCUGAACAUAUGAAAAUUAGUUAUUCUCCCUUCUCUUCAGUCAGAAGGACUUAAACUCAGGUUUUUUGCGUUCUCCAUCUCCAUCUUUUUGAGGUUACACAGCAAUGACCAGAGUGACUCUGACCAGACAUCUGCGUAACCAUCAAUGACAUGUCUGACCCUCUGAGUUUCAACAAUGAACCAUCACAGUCUGUUGAGAGACCACAGACACACAGAUCUCCCUCUCCAGUUCCCAGCUGUGUGUCUAUGAAGAGUGAAUCAGAUCUUUCCAUGGAUCUGCCUUUGAAAUUCAGCAGUGAAUCCAAACCAGUGGGACUAAAACCACAGAGCCACAGCCCUGUGUCUCCAGUGCCCAGCUGUGUGUCUAUGAAGAAUGAUGGGUCUAUGUGUGGUCCUCCCAACCUCAGUAGUGAAGCAGCACACUCUAAGCCCAUACCACAGACACACAGACCUCCAUCUCCAGUGCCCAGCUGUGUGUCCAUGAGGAGUGAUAAGUCCAUGUCUGAUCCUCUUAACUUCAGCAGUGGACCAGUCGCAUUAGGACUAAAACCACAGACACACAGACCCCCAUCUCCAGUGCCCAGCUGUGUGUCCAUGAGGAGUGAUAACUCCAUGUCUGAUCCUCCUAACUUCAGCAGUGGACCAGUCCCAUCAGGACUAAAACCACAGACACACAGACCUCCAUCUCCAGUGCCCAGCUGUGUGUCCAUGAGGAGUGAUAAGUCCAUGUCUGAUCCUCCUAACUUCAGCAGUGGACCAGUCCCAUUAGGACUAAAACCACAGACACACAGACCUCCAUCUCCAGUGCCCAGCUGUGUGUCCAUGAGGAGUGAUAAGUCCAUGUCUGAUCCUCUUAACUUCAGCAGUGGACCAGUCCCAUUAGGACUAACACCACAGACACACAGACCUCCAUCUCCAGUGCCCAGCUGUGUGUCCAUGAGGAGUGAUAAGUCCAUGUCUGAUCCUCUUAACUUCAGCAGUGGACCAGUCCCAUUAGGACUAAAACCACAGACACACAGACCUCCAUCUCCAGUGCCCAGCUGUGUGUCCAUGAGGAGUGAUAAGUCCAUGUCUGAUCCUCUUAACUUCAGCAGUGGACCAGUCCCAUUAGGACUAACACCACAGACACACAGACCUCCAUCUCCAGUGCCCAGCUGUGUGUCCAUGAGGAGUGAUAAGUCCAUGUCUGAUCCUCUUAACUUCAGCAGUGGACCAGUCCCAUUAGGACUAAAACCACAGACACACAGACCUCCAUCUCCAGUGCCCAGCUGUGUGUCCAUGAGGAGUGAUAAGUCCAUGUCUGAUCCUCUUAACUUCAGCAGUGGACCAGUCCCAUUAGGACUAAAACCACAGACACACAGACCUCCAUCUCCAGUGCCCAGCUGUGUGUCCAUGAGGAGUGAUAAGUCCAUGUCUGAUCCUCCUAACUUCAGCAGUGGACCAGUCCCAUUAGGACUAAAACCACAGACACACAGACCUCCAUCUCCAGUGCCCAGCUGUGUGUCCAUGAGGAGUGAUAACUCCAUGUCUUAUCCUCCUAACUUCAGCAGUGGACCAGUCCCAUUAGGACUAAAACCACAGACACACAGACCUCCAUCUCCAGUGCCCAGCUGUGUGUCCCUGAGGAGUGAUAAGUCCAUGUCUGAUCCUCGUAACUUCAGCAGUGGACCAGUCCCAUUAGGACUAAAUGAGAUGAGGGCUGAUCUGACCCUCUGUGGGCUGAGGAACCCAGUCAUCACCACCUGUGCUGUGCAGUGCAUCAGCAGCUACUGGGAACAGUCUGGACUACCAAGAGAACAAACCUAUCCCUCGUGUGGAAAGACAUGCGGAACCCAACCAGUCGAUAUGAGCACACGGGAUGAACACACGGGCUUGAUCAACAGCAAAAGACACCUGCACACUGAAAAAACACAGAAAAAAAGCAGAAAGAGAAGAGAACUUGAUGAGGACUUGAGGAGAGUUAAAGAGAAUCACAAAGCCAGUCUGAAGAGAAGGUUUGAGAACAUAUCUGAAGGCAUCAUCAAACCUGGAGCUGAGAUACUCCUCAAUAAGAUCUACACAGACCUCUACAUCACAGAAGGAGAGAGUGAAGGGGUGAAUAAGGAACAUGAGGUCUGGCAGGUAGAGUCAGCAUCUAGACCACUAACCACAGAAGACACACCAAUCAACUGCAAUGACAUCUUCAAGCCCUUACCUGGACAAGAGCGGUUCAUCAGAAUCGUGAUGACCAAAGGUGUUGCAGGCAUUGGAAAAACAGUCUCUGUGCAAAAGUUCAUUCUUGACUGGACAGAUGGGGUAGCCAAUCAGACUAUAGAUUUUAUAUUUCCUCUUUCUUUCCGUGAGCUGAAUUUAGUCAGGGGUGGUCAGUAUAGUCUUCACAGACUCCUGCUUGAAUUCCACCCUGAGCUGAAGGAGCUGAAUGAUGAUGAAGGAUACAAAGACUGUCAGGUUGUGUUCAUUUUUGAUGGUUUGGAUGAGAGUCGUUUGACUCUGGAUCUGGAACAGAACAGUAAGUUGUCUGAUGUAAAACAAACAUCAUCAGUUGAUGUUCUGAUGACGAGCCUCAUUCAGAGAACUCUGCUUCCCUCUGCACUUAUUUGGAUAACCUCACGACCAGCAGCAGCCAGUCAAAUUCCUGCUCAGUGUAUUGACCAGGUUACAGAAGUACGAGGAUUUAAUGACCCACAGAAGGAUGAGUACUUCAGGAAAAGAAUCGGUGAUGAGAGUCAGGCUAACAAAAUCAUCUCUCACAUUAAGGCAUCCAGGAGUCUCCACAUUAUGUGCCACAUUCCAGUCUUCUGUUGGAUUGCAGCCACCGUACUUCAGCAGAUGCUGGAACAGGAAAACACCCAGGAAAUCCCCAAAACUCUGACUGAGAUGUUCAUUCACUUCUUGCUCAUCCAGACCACCAGGAAGGACUUGAAGUAUGAGGGAAGAUGUGAGGGAAAUAACAAGAAGCUCCUGGAAUCACAUAAGAGUGUCAUACUGAAACUGGCAGAACUGGCUUUCAAGAAUCUGCUUCAAGGGAAUCUCAUGUUCUAUGAGGAAGACCUCAGAGAGUGUGGCAUUGAUGUCAGUCAAGCCUCAGUGUACUCUGGCAUGUGUACUGAGAUCUUCAAGGAAGAAUCUGUGUUUCAGCAGAAGAAGGUUUACUGCUUUGUGCAUCUAAGCAUCCAGGAGUUUCUGGCAGCACUUCAUGUCUUUGUUUCUUUUAAGAGUAUGAAUGAAAAACUGGGAGCACCUGAACUUUUUGUCAAGAAAGCCCAGUUACCUUUAGAAGAGUUGCUUGAGAAAGCUGCAGACAAAGCUUUGCAGAGCAAAAAUGGACAUCUGGAUCUUUUCCUUCGUUUCAUUAUGGGCAUCUCAUUGGAGAGGAAUCAUAGACUGCUGCAAGGACUACUCAGGGAUCCACUCAACAGCUCAGAGAGCAUCAGGAAAACAUGCAAGUACAUUAAGGAGCUUAACAAAGAAGAUCUCUCCCCUGAGAGAUGCAUCAAUCUUUUCUUCUGCCUACUUGAAAUGAAAGAUAAUUCGAUGCACCAAGAAAUUAAAAAAUAUCUGGAGUCACCAAAGGAAUUUAAAGGCCAGUUGUCUCCUGCUCACUGUUCAGCACUGGCCCACGUGAUCCUGAUGUCUGAGGAAGUGCUGGAUGAGUUUGACCUGAAGAAAUACAACACAUCAGAUGAGGGACGCAGGAGACUGAUCCCAGCUAUGAAGUGCUUCAGCAAGGCACUAUUUUCUGAAUGUAAACUAUCACAUAAAUCCUGUGGAAAUGUCGCUUCAGUUCUACAGUCACCAAACUCUCUAAUCGAAUUGGACUUGAGUAACAAUGACCUGGGAGAUUCUGGAGUUCAGCUUGUGUCUAAAGGUCUAUCUAGUCCCCACUGCAGACUACACACAUUAAGACUGGCUGGCUGUAGAGUUAGAGAGGUGACCUGUGAGGUUGUGGCUUCCAUUCUGCAUUCACCAAGCUCCCUGGUAGAGUUGGACCUAAGUGACAAUGACCUGGGAGAUUCUGGAGUUCAGCUUCUCUCUAAGGGACUGUCUAGUCCCCAUUGCAAACUGAAGACAUUAAGGCUCUCUUGUUGUCAAAUCUCAGAUGAUGGUUAUGUUUGUCUGGCUCUCACUCUAAUGUUAAACCCCUCCUGUGUGAAAGAGCUGGAUGUGAGCAACAAUCAUCCUGGAGAAUCUGCACAGAAGCUGCUAUCUGCAACAUUGAAUGACCCUCACCAUAAAGUUGAAGCACUUAGAUUUGCUGAAUGUAAACUCUCAGAUGAAUCAUUUGGAAAUGUUGCUUCAGUUCUACAGUCACCAAACUCCCUGAUAGAGCUGGACCUGGGUAACAAUGACCUGGGAGAUUCUAGAGUUCAGCUCCUCUCUAAGGGACUGUCUAGUACCCACUGCAAAUUGCAGACAUUAAGACUGGCUGGCUGUACAGUUACAGAGAAAACCUGUGAGACUGUGGCUUCCAUUCUGGAUUCACAAAACUCCCUGGUAGAGUUGGACCUAAGUGACAAUGAACUUGGAGACUCUGGAGUUCAGCUUCUCUCUAAGGGACUGUCUAGUCCCCAUUGCAAACUGAAGACUUUAAGGCUCUCUUGUUGUCAAAUCACAGAUGAAGGUUAUGUUUGUCUGGCUCUCACUCUGAUGUUAAACCCGUCCUGUGUGAAAGAGCUGGAUGUGAGCAACAAUAGUCCUGGAGAAUCAGCACAGAAGCUGUUUUCUGCAACAUUAGAGGAUCCUCACCAUAAAGUUCAAGCAAUGCGACUGGCUGACUGUAGAGUUACAGAGAAUACCUGUGGUAUUUUGGCUUCGAUUCUACGGUCACCAAACACCCUGGUCGAGUUGGACCUAAGUACCAAUGACCUGGGAAAUUCUGGAAUUGAGCUUCUUUCUAAGGGACUGUGUAGUCCCCAUUGCAAACUGAAGACAUUAAGACUUGCUGGAUGUAAAAUCAGUUCUGUUUCCUGUAAGAUUCUGACCUCAGUUCUGCAGACACCAAACUCCCUGAUAGAGCUGGACCUGAGUAAAAAUGGCUUUCAAGAUUAUGGAGUUGUUCUUCUCUGUAAGGGUUUGAAUAGUCACAACUGCAAACUGCAGAUUCUGAGACUCGCUGGUUCUGAACUCAGUUCUGUUUCCUGUAAGAAGCUGACCUCAGUUCUACAGUCACCAAACUCCCUGAUAGAGCUGGACAUAAGUAAAAAUGAUUUUAGAAAUGAUGGAGUUGAUCUUCUCUCUGAGGGUCUGCGUAAUCCGAACUGCAAGUUGCAGAUUCUGAGGCUCAGUAAUUGUGGUAUCUCAGAUGAAGGUUAUGUUUGUCUGGCUCUCACUCUGAUGUUAAACCCCUCCUGUGUGAAAGAGCUGGAUUUGAGCAAGAAUCAUCCUGGAGAAUCAGCAUAUAACAUGUUAUCUGCUACACUGGAAGACCCUCAACGCAAAAUUGAAACACUUAAACUUGCUGGUUGUGAACUCAGUUAUGUGUCCUGCAAGAGUCUGGGCACAGUUCUACAGUCACCAAACUCCCUGAUAGAGGUGGACCUGAGUUACACUGGCAUUGGAGAUAAAGGAGUUGAGCUUCUCUCUGAGGGUCUGCGUAGCCCCAACUGUAAACUGCAGAUCCUGAGUCUGUGUGGAAGUGAAAUCUCAGAUAAGAGUUGUGGAUUUCUGGCUUCGGCUCUGAAGUCAAAUCGCUCCCACCUGAAAAAACUGGAUCUGUGCCAAAACCAUCUUGGAAGAUCAGUACUGAAUCAGUUUUCUGCUACACUGAAGGAUCGUCGCUAUGCACCGAAGAUACUCAUAUGACCACAUUGGAAAACAAGCCGGACUUUAGGUUUUUGGUUUCUAGUGUUCUGCAACACUAGAAUUUAUUGUCAACAGGCUCUCAUUAAUCAGUUCACCUUAUUUGUUAGUGAUUCAAAAUAAAGUAUAGCUAGAAUAGAUAGAUAGAUAGAUAGAUAGAUAGAUAGAUAGAUAGAUAGACUUUAUUGUCUGUUCCAAAACAUUACAGAAAUCAUUCAUUUAAAAGACAUUCAUACAAGAUGGGGGCUGUGAAGUGUUCAUUUGGUGUUAAGAAUGGCUAUUGCAGAGGGGAUGAAGGAUUUCUUGUAAAUGUUUUUUUCCGGGCUAGUGGUAUGUUAUACCCUCUGCCUGACGGUAGUAACUGGAAGGAAUGGUGGAGAGGGUGCAAAGGGUCCUCUGUGAUUUCCUGAUCACUGAGGGACUGUACAGGUCAUUUUGGGUUGGGGGGCGCAAUGAUUUUGCGUGAGAGUCUUGGUCUUGUUUUAUGUUUGAUGGUGAGUUGGUUGUACCAGGAGGAAAUAUUGAAUGUUGUUUGUUAUAUUCUGUAAUGUUGUUCUGUCAGAUGUCAGAUGUACAGUAUCACACAGUAAUACAACUACGAAAGGGACCAAUACCAUAUAAUAAAUAAAUAAAUUGAAUACGUAAAAUAAGGUCUCCACUUAUGAAAAAUUAAAAAUGAGUCAUCUUUUAUGCUGGAGUGGGGGGGGCGGGGUAAAGUACCCAUACACCAUGGUUGGUAUUAAUAAAUAAAUGA